AUGACUAAGACUCCAAGUACAUACACCCAGCUCCGCGACACACAGUUCGGACACCUCGUUCGCUUUCUAUCUUGCAACACGUAUCUUCGAUACCCAGAUGAAGUCGACCCAUCGCUAUGGCAGAGCGCCCUGUCACGCAAUGACAACAUGGGUGUAAGUGCACAUGCACAGGCACAGGCUUCUGGUGAUGAUGCGGAUGACGAAGCAGCGGAAGCAAAGGACCAGGAGCAGCCCUUGCCCACACAUACCUUCUCGGCAACCAACAACCUCGACUCAGGCGAUGGCAACGAUGCGGAUAUGAAUCAUGUCGUCGAGGAUGGAAAGGAUGUUUACCUGGUAGAUUGGUACGGGCCUGAUGAUCCAGAGAAUCCGCAAACCUGGUCCAGCAACUGGAAACUACUCGUGACGUCCCAGAUCUGCGUCCUCAAUUUCGCUUUUUACAUCGGAAGUUCGAUCUACACUCCAGGCGAACCGAGUAUCAUGGCAGACUUUGGCGUCAGCGAGACUGUGGCGACACUGGGUCUUUCGCUGUUCACACUAGGAUACGGAACCGGGCCCAUGCUCCUCUCACCACUGUCCGAAAUGCCCACCAUCGGCCGCAGCGGGAUAUAUUUCUGGACAUUCCUGUUCUUCGUCCUGCUUCAACUCCCGACCGGCCACGCCGUCAAUAUGCCCAUGUUUCUCGUCUUUCGCUACAUUACCGGCUUCCUGGGCAGUCCUGCUCUCGCGACAGGCGGAGCCACAAUCGCAGACAUGUACGCUCCUGCCAGAGUAGCGUACGGUAUCGCCAUCUGGGGUGCCUGCGGAAUAUGUGGUCCGGUGUUCGGCCCGAUUCUAGGAGGGUUCGUCGCUCCUGCGAAAGGCUUUCGCUGGAGCAUCUGGACGUUUACAUGGCUUUGCGCGGUUGCGGCAGUAAUGCUGUUCUUCCUGAUGCCCGAGACCAGUGCCGCCAAGAUCCUGUACAAACGGGCGAAGAGAUUAAGGGAAGCCACGGGCGACACACGCCUAAAGAGCCAGUCUGAGAUCGACGCUGCUCAUCUCACACUGAGAGACGAUUUGAUUGUGCUCAGCCGGGCGUUCACGCUCACGUUCUCCGAACCCAUUGUGUUUCUGUUGGAUUUGUAUACGGCGCUCCUCUAUGGAGUACUUUUCACCUGGUUCGAGUCGUUUCCUUUAGUUUUUGGCGGAGUGUAUGGUUUCGACACGCAAGAGCAGGGACUUGCUUUUCUGGGCAUCUUUGUCGGCGGUCUCGUCACGCUGCCUCUUUUCCUGUUAUGGAUCAGACAUGGGAUCGCUCCAAAGAUUUCACAGCUGACGUUCAAACCCGAAAUGGUCCUCCCACCAGCAUUUUUUGGCGCGGCGUCACUACCCAUCUGCCUGUUCUGGUAUGGAUGGUCUGCUCGGAAGAGUGUACAUUGGAUUGUGCCCAUUGUCGGUUCAAGUUUCUUCACCAUCGGCAUCAUCACGCUGUUCAAUCCGGUGUUGAAUUUUCUGGGAAUUGCGUAUCCCAAGUAUGCUGCCUCGAUAUUCGCGGGGAAUGCGCUGUUCAGAGCGUUGUUUGGUGCCAUUUUUCCACUUUUUGCGCGACAACUGUUCGAUCGUCUGGGGAUAGCGCCUGGUAACUCGCUGCUCGCAGGCAUUGCGGUAUGCUUUAUGCCUCUCCCUUAUAUCUUUUACAAGUAUGGUGUCAAGAUCCGGCAUAUGAGCAAAAACGCCAGGCAUGAUGUGUGA